CCCAGAACUCACAUGGAAUACGAGAACAGGCUCACUAUGAAAAUGUUUUUGUUCCAGUUUGUCAACUACUAUUCCUCCUGCUUCUAUGUGGCCUUCUUCAAAGGGAAAUUUGUUGGUUACCCAGGUGCCUACACAUACAUGUUUAAUCGCUGGCGAAAUGAGGAGUGCGAUCCUGCAGGUUGCUUGAUAGAAUUGACGACACAGCUCACCAUAGUCAUGGCUGGCAAACAGAUCUGGGGAAAUAUCCAAGAGGCCAUUGUACCCUGGAUUUGUAACUGGUGGGGGCGCCGGAAAGCCAGAAAUAAUCCAGAAAAUUUAUACAGUCGCUGGGAGCAAGACCAUGAUCUGCAGACAUUUGGAGCCUUAGGCCUGUUCUAUGAAUAUCUAGAAAUGGUCAUUCAGUUUGGAUUCAUCACUCUCUUUGUGGCAUCCUUUCCCCUGGCUCCCCUCCUUGCUCUGAUGAAUAAUAUCCUGGAGAUUCGAGUAGACUCCUGGAAAUUAACCACCCAGUAUAGGAGACCUGUGGCUGCAAAAGCACACAGCAUAGGAGUUUGGCAAGAAAUCCUGAAUGGAAUGGCCAUCUUGUCUGUUGUCACUAAUGCUUUUAUUGUUGCGUUCACAUCAGAUAUGAUUCCUCGUUUAGUUUACUACUAUGCCUAUUCUGAAAACGAAGACUCGCCCAUGUCUGGAUACAUAAACAAUAGUUUGUCAGUGUUUCAAAUCUCAGAUUUUCCUGACAGAAAUAAGCCUAAAGUGAAUCGAGAAGACUUUGUCAUAUGCAGGUACAGAGAUUAUCGAUACCCUCCAGAUCAUGAGAGGAAAUAUUUACACACUAUGCAGUUCUGGCACAUUCUUGCUGCAAAACUGGCCUUUAUCAUUAUUAUGGAGCAUGUUGUGUUCAUCGUUAAAUUCUUCGUAGCGUGGAUGAUUCCUGACGUCCCUGCGGACGUGAAAGCCAAAAUAAAACGUGAAAAAUAUUUAACACAGAAAAUCCUACAUGAGUAUGAACUUGAAAAACUGAAAGAGAGACUGUGUCAAGGUGAUAAACGAGCCACAGAAAAAGAGUUCAUUGCCACAGAAGGGAGAAUGGAGUUAUCCAGAGCCAUGUAGUUGAAAAACCAGCUGUUUGGGAUUUAGCUCAUUGUGAUUUGCUCAGUACACAUCAUGUUGAUGUGUUUCAACAGAGGUUUCCACCUUUUGCUUUCAGUCC